AUGGGCAAGGAAUACAAGUACGGCCCGGGCUACCAGUAUAACUAUGCACCGGCUCCUACUGCUCCCACUAUGGAAAUUACCAUCAAUCAGGGAGCAGCGUCGGAGAAGGGCCCGUAUCCGUCUGCGGCGCCGCCGACACGAGGACGUCCACCGGUCUCUGCUCCUCCUCCACCACCUUCGUUGCCACCGUCGUAUGGCUAUGAACAUCCGGCGUACAAUCCCAUGUGGUUCGAUCGAUUCCCUCGAAGGGAGAAUCGUGGCAUGUUCAGGCUUUGUUUAGUGGAGCUGAUUCCUAAUUGGUAUGCUUUCAAUGCUGUCAGAACAUGGAGUAAGCAUUGCAAUUUUCACCUUUUUUUUGAGACAAAGUCUUUCAGGAAUUGGGCCCUAGUCGGGACAUAUCAUCAUCCUCGAAUCGAUCGUGAUGAAGCCUUCUGUCUAUUAGGCACUCACGACAGUUCAUCCAGAGCUGUUCCAAUCAGAAUACCCAAUUCAUGUUCCCUUGACAGCUCUGAACUGGUGAUCAUUUCAGGAUAA